ACUGAAGCUUCCUGUCACUGUGUAUCCAGAACAGCGGGUUUGGUCAAAGUGCGUGUGUGUUGUUGCAGGAUGUGGUGAGAGUGAGUGCGAGAGGUGGUGCCACUCACAGCUCGCGUGGUGACGAUAGGGACAGCGAGACGUGGCGCGCGCUCAGAGACGGGGCAGCAGCUGGAAGACUCGAGCGAGUUGAAGUUCGUUGUGAAGGGCGGAAAAUCACGGGCCGACGGCCGCUCCAUACAAGGCAAGGUCGGGUGGGGAGCAGUUUAGGGAGCAGCGCUGAUCCAAUCAUCUGCGCUCCUGGGAAGAGCCGGAACCGAGCGACGCGACUCGUUUUGUUUACUAUAAAUAUUCUUACAUGUUUGAGAUGUUUCUUUAGAAACUCUCUUGUUUCUUUAGUUGUUUAGUUUUUAGUUUUGUUGUUUGUUUUGGAUUUGUGUACUUUGGAGAUGAGUACGUCAGCAAACGGAGUGGAACCCAAAGCCGCACCAGCGGUCAGUCAGAACGGACCGGGUUCUGCUCCGACCCCCAAAGAUGUCACAACACCCAAGCCGGUUGUACCGGACGAGGAGCCGCAGUCUUCGAUGACGGACGCCACGCAGAUGGGAAUUAAGUUCGCCAAGACAUUCCUGGUGAUUUUUCCCAUCUACGUGCUGGGAUAUCUGGAGUUCAGUUUCAGCUGGGUCCUCAUCGGCCUGGCCGUGCUGUUCUGGCUCAGGCGGAACCAGGGGACCAGAUUCGCUCGGGUCAACCAGGCACUGGCGUUUCUGGAGCAUGAGGAGCGAGCGGUGCGUCAGACCGUCCGGAGCACAGAGCUGCCGCCGUGGGUUCAUUUUCCAGAUGUGGAGAGAGUGGAGUGGCUCAACAAGACUGUGCAUCAGAUGUGGCCAUAUAUUUGUCAGUUUGUAGAUAAAAUCUUCAGAGAGACCAUUGAACCAGCAGUGCAGGGGGCCAAUGCGCACCUUAGUACUUUCACCUUCUCCAAAAUAGACAUGGGGGACAAGCCUCUCAGGGUUGAUGGAGUGAAAGUUUAUACAGAGAAUGUGGAUAAACGACAGAUUAUUAUGGACCUACAGAUCAGUUUUGUCGGAAACACUGAAAUUGAUGUGGACAUUAAGAAAUACUACUGCCGUGCAGGAAUCAAGAGCAUACAGCUUAAUGGGGUGUUGAGGGUCAUCAUGGACCCGUUGCUAGGAGACAUGCCUCUGAUUGGCGCCCUGUCUGUGUUCUUCCUCCAGAAACCCUUUCUGGAUAUAAACUGGACGGGUCUUACAAAUAUGCUGGACAUUCCUGGAAUAAAUGGUCUGUGUGACAGUGUUAUUCAGGAUAUCAUAUACAGUUUUCUUGUGCUGCCAAACAAAAUCACUAUUCCACUUGUAAACGAUGCACAGAUUUCCAGACUCCGCUUCCCUAUGCCAAAGGGCGUUCUGCGGAUUCACUUUCUGGAAGCACAGGACCUGGUGGGGAAGGACACGUUUCUGGGUGGUAUGAUAAAAGGAAAGUCGGACCCGUAUGGGGUCCUUCAACUCGGUAAUCAGCUCUUCAGAUCCAAAGUCAUCAAAGAGUCGAUAAACCCUAAAUGGAAUGAAGUUUAUGAGGCAUGUGUGUACGAUCACUCAGGACAGAAUUUGGAGAUAGAGCUGUAUGAUGAGGACACAGAUAAGGAUGAUUUUCUGGGAAGUCUUACUCUCAAUGUAGAUGAACUACAGAAGGAACAGAAAGUAGAUGAGUGGUUUGUACUUGAUGAUAUCGCUAAAGGGAAGCUUCACCUGAAGAUUGAAUGGCUUUCUCUUCUCCCUACACCUGAUAAACUCGACGAGGUUUUAAGCAGCGUUAAAGCAUAUAAAGGGCAGGCCAAUGAUGGACUGUCAUCAGCAUUACUGCUGGUGCUCCUGGACUCAGCCAAAAAUCUGCCAAGUGUUUUUGAGGGGUACGUGGGCAGUGGGUGUCUGAGAGAGCGCCGCUCUGCUGGGCUGGUGUUCUGUGAGAACACUUCUGCCCUCUACAGGACAAUGUUUCGCAAUCCUUUAGAAUUCAACAAUGCAGGUCUGAAGAAGGGUACGGUCAAUAAAGCAAAAAAGUCCGGUAAAAAGGUAACCAGUGUGCCCAGUCCAUUUGUCCAGUUUACUGUGGGACACAAAUCCUUUAAUAGCAAGAAACGAUAUAAAACCAACGAGCCGGUUUGGGAGGAGGCCUUCACAUUCCUGAUCCACAAUCCAAAGUGUCAAGAACUUGAAGUGGAGGUAAAGGAUGACAAACACGAGUGUUCCCUAGGGACGUUUUCUCUUCCUCUGUCUAAGCUGCUGCAGGAGGAUCAGAUGACUAUCAGUCAGCGAUUCCUUCUCAAGAACUCAGGACCCGGUGCUACACUCAAGAUGAAGAUGGCACUUAGGAUUAUCUCUGUGGAUAAGUUGGCUGCAUCGGAUCAGCCGUCCUCGGUUCAGAUCCGCCGUCCCAGCUCCAGCGUGGCCCCCAGUCCCUCCCCUCAGCGGCCCAAUGUUUCAGAGCCCACCCCGGCAUCCAAAGCCCAGCAGCCCAACCCUACAUCCAGGACCCAACCCACCCCAACACUCUCCCCACGGGUGGAACCCCAAAUGGACAUCAGGCCAUUGGAGGACUCGUCUGGCCGUCUGGUUAAAUCAGGGCGGAGCGCGUCUAACCUGGCCAUUUCUGGCUCUCUGCUAAACCUGAACCACAAAGAGCCCACACCCAGCAUAGCGUCUGACAUCUCCAAUCCCAGCACCACCCAGGAGCUCCAGAGGACAAUGCAACAAUUACAGAACGGCGCCUCACCUGGUUUCGCUCCAUUAGGGGAAAUUCGGUUAACCAUCAGGCAUAGUCCCCAAAGAAACAAACUAAUUGUCGUGGUGCACAGCUGCAGGAAUCUGAUCUCUUCUUCUGAAAGUGGUUCUGAUCCAUACGUCCGGUUGUAUUUGCUGCCUGAUAAACGACGCUCUGGACGUAGAAAAACAAGCACGAUAAAGAAAACGGUGAACCCGAUCUACGAUCAAACGUAUGAAUUCAGCGUGUCACUCGUGGAGUUGCACAGAAGAAUUUUAGAUGUUGCUGUGAAGAAUGGAGGAGGAAUCCUGUCAAAACACAGAGGGCUGCUGGGAAAGGUGUUAGUUGACUUGACUUCUGAGGAAAUAUCAAAGAGCUCAACGCAAUGGUAUGAGCUUACAGUGGACGGACAGAAGCGAACAUCCCCUUAAUCAAAGGAACCGACCUUUUUCCGUCUACACAUAUUUAAAAAAACUACAAAUCCCAACGCAAGACUCCAAACCUCAACCAUAUUUAAGCCAUGUGUUAAGCCUGUGGGCAAAAUUGGUUGGUUCUUCAGUUUUAAUCACUUUUAACAGAUUUAUAGUGUAAAAAAAAACCUCUAUUGAUGUUAUAUGUGCACUGACUUAGCAAGAGUGAAUGAGAGAGUGAAAGAUAAUGAGAGUGUUUAGAGAUGUUUUUAAAGGGAAACGGUUCAGCAGUAUCUGUUGGAUUGGUUAGUUGACUUUUAAACCAAGAGUGGUAAACUCUAACAACAUCCACCAUUCACAUUAAUGGUGGAGAGAUUAUAUAUGUAAUUAAGAUCAGACUGUAAAUAAAUAUACAUGGAAUGUUAAAAUAAUAUUUGGAAAAGUUUAAUAAAUAUUAACCUAAGAGUUCUUGUUAAACAAGCACCGAACUCACGCUUGCUUUGAAAGUGUUAGAAUCUCUGUUAAUGUCUACAGAUGACAUCUACCAAAGAAGUGCUUUGCUCAUUAUAAAGUGUGUGAUUAAACCAAAAAUGCACCUAAAUGUUUUGCACACCCAAGUGUUCAUAUAUGUAUGUGUUUAUGUUCUCUGGUGUGGUUCAGUAUCCACCAUCACAGCACUAGCUGUCACAUGACCCUGGAUAUCUAACGCUGCCAUAUCUCUGAUUCUUGUUUGGCUUUUAUAUAGUACUCAGUCACAUGUUAAAAUCCUUUUUCAAACACACUUGUUCACUACUCACCCACCUGUGCUUCCUUCAUCAUCUGCAUCUCACAGAGUUAUAUAAAAUGUCUUGUGUUAGGUCUGAUCUUAAGUGAAGGUUGUGGUUUCAUCUACUGCAGUGUCACUGAGCUGAGCUCAUGGUAUGCAGAUGGUCAAACCUUUAUUCCUGUCAGCAAGAAUGUGUUUUUAUUAUAUAAAUUAUUGUGAAUAUUAUGAAAGAUUUUAUUAUGCUUAUUAUUAUAAAUAAUACUUAUCACAAAAAGCAAACGUAUGCAGUCAGAGCUCCCCUCUGUGCUGAGCUUGCCUUAUUGAUGUUUAUAUAUAUUUUCUGUGCCUUAUGACCAACAAUAUACUUACCUUAGAGGAUAUUUGCCAUCAGAUAUAGGAUUGUAAAGUCUCUGUAUUUGAUCAUUUCCACCAUUUUCUUUUAAUAAACAAUUUAUUCUGUACCAGUAAA